UGCAUCGAACAUAUCAAGGCUGGUUAAUAUAGAGGACUGCAGAUUGUAUGGAAUGAAGAGUCAUGACUGCCACGUGUUUAUGCAAACACUCAUCCCAUUAGCUUUUCGUGAUUUGUUGCCAAAGGGAAUAUGGGAUGCACUCACGGAGAUCAGUCAUUUCUUCAGAGAUAUAUGCUCCAGCAAGUUGAAUGUUGAUCACAUUGAGAGGCUUCAAACGAAUAUCGUCGAGACACUAUGCAAACUUGAGAUGAUAUUCCCUCCAUCAUUUUUUGACUCAAUGGAGCAUCUCCCUAUACAUCUACCGUUCGAGGCAAAAGCUGGAGGACCGGUCCAAUAUAGAUGGAUGUACCCAUUCGAACGGUACUUGUUUAAUCUCAAGAAAAAGGUUAAGAACAAGGCGUAUGUUAAGGCUUCGAUAUAUGAGGCCUAUAUUGUCACUGCCGGCGAGGAAAGGAAGAAUGGGUGA